AUGAAAGCAUUCGUAUUAGCCAAUUUUCUUGGUAUAGCGUAUGCUUUCUCAAAAAAUAUUGAAUUCGUGCACAAAAAAUCUGCGUCAGAUCCAUCACAUGAUCCACCAUUAAACUUAUUACUUGAUUCAUCAUUAGAUUCAUUAGGCCAAGAAAAGAUUCUGGCUUUAAUUCUAAGAAAAGACGCAAUAGAUGCUCAAUGUGAGAAGAAACUAGAAGAAUACUGCAAGAAUUUAGAAAAUAUUAAUUUAGUUCCAGAGAAUGUACAUCCAACAUUAAAAGGACUUUGUGAAAAUGCAGAGAAGAAAUGCAAAAAUCUUAAAACUCAAAUUAGUACUACCUCAAAUAAUGCCAAGGGUUAUCUUGAAGAUAUUAUUGUAAAUAUUUCAAAUGGGAUGCUUUUAGGAAAAACCCAUUGCAAUUACGCUCAUAUCCAAUGCGUGAUUUUCCGAGAAUUUUCUAGUUUUUCUUCUAUAUGCGAUGAAAUAACUGAACAAUGUUAUCGUCAAAUAAAUGAAGAUUUAGUUUAUGAAGCUCUUUUAAGGGCUCUUCCUAGGGAUUUGAAAAGUCAAGCAGCAUGUGAAGAAAAAAUUAAAGAAUCCUGUUUCAAGUUAAAUAGAGAAAGCUAUUAUGUGCUCUGGUCUUGUUUCCAAGAAGAAUAUACAUGUGAAAAUCUUCUUAAAAAAAAAAAUGACUGCAAAUCUCUUGAAAAAGAUAUCAAAAAUACACUUCAAGGUGUUUAUAAAUUAGAAGUCUGUUACACUUUACUCGAGAAAUGCUAUUUCUACUUACCAAACUGCAAAAAUGAAGAGAUACAGAGCUGCGUGAACCUUAAAAAAUAUUGUGAAGAAAAAAAUAUCAUAUACCCCCCCCUCCACAGUCUUUCUUUUAACCCAUUAGAGUUUCCACCUACGCUACAAGAAGAAAUAGGUUUUUAUCGGCUUCGUGAUGAGGCAGCAGCUCAUGGCGUCUUAAUUGUCAAUCCCAUAUCUACAGGAUUCGAUCGUUUUAUUCUGUUAGCAUACCAUAUUAAAAAUACAGCUGGGAACAGAACUGAAAGAUGCAUUAAAUAUCUAGAAAACUGCGCUUUUAAAUAUUUGACAAAAGAACUAGCGGAUUUAUGUAAUGCGACUAACCAUACUGAAAUAUGCGAAAAAAUAGAUAAAGAAGUCCAGGGGGAAUGCAAUUCUCUUCAAUUAGCUUUCCAGGAAAAAAAGCUCUUUAAGAUGGAAUCUGAGGCUAAAUCUAAACUCUAUACUUUAAAUGGACUGUCAGAAAUAAUCUAUGAAGAAAGUUAUACAAGUCUUCUUUCAAAGUGUACUUACAUACAAUCACACUGCAAUAAUGAUCUCAUGGAUGCAUGCAUAGUUCUAAAAGUAGCAUAUUAUAGAGCUCAGUUUUAUAAAUUAGCAAAAGAUGAAUUAGAAAAAGAAUUGUUUGGAUUAUUUCGUAAUUUAAAUUCAAGCGGGAUUAGGGAAUGUGCAGUCAAGUUAACAGAAAAAUGUCAAAUAGUUAGAAACAGCAGUAUAAAUCUUCUCUCAAUGUGUUUAAAGCCAAAAGAGACAUGCGAAGCACUUGCAGAGGAUAGAUUAUCCCCGAGAAAAGGAUUGUCUCGUUCUGGAGAAACAGUGUGA